AUGAAAAUCAUUGUUAUACUAUACUUGCUAUCAUUCUUGGCGAUUCUGGUUCCUCGCACAUUGUCAUCUCCUAAUCAACAACAUCGUUUGUACCAUUUAUUACGGAAAUCUCCACACACUAGUGCCGAUUCGCUGACAUUACCCACACCAAAUAAUGAAGAUGCAUCUGAGUCAGCUGUUCAAUCGGAUUUGAACGAAGAGACGAAAAAUAUUCAAACUCGUUAUAAUUGGGAUUCGGGUGAACAUUAUUAUUAUGAAUGGGCAAACAAAAAUCGACGACCGAUUGAAUACUUCGGAGCACGAAGACGUGAUACAGAUGUGAUGAUGGUCCCACCACGUGCUCGACGUAUCAACGGCGGUCUUUGGAGCAGCGGUUUGAUUGGAAAAUAA